AUGGCAGAACAAACUUCACUUGACAGUUUUGUAUCGUAUAAAAGUGCUACAACGAAUGAAGAUUCCAGUCCAGAGGAGUCAGAUAAUAAUUCUAGCCUAGAAGAGUUAUAUGAUCAUAACUCAGAUGA